UCCAUCUCCCAUCUUCAUCUCACCCCUCCUCUCUCUCUUAUACCACCAAUCGAUUCCUUUGUCCUCGAUCUCAAUGGCUCCCAAGGCCGAGAAGAAGCCCGCAGAGAAGAAGCCCGCCGCCGAGAAGCCGGUGGAGGAGAAGGAGAAGAAGACCGAAGCAGAGAAGGCUCCUGCGGGAAAGAAGCCCAAGGCAGAGAAGCGCCUGCCGUCCAAGGAGGCUGCUUCCGGCGACAAGAAGAAGAAGAAGAAGAUCAAGAAGGGAACCGAGACUUACAAGAUCUACAUCUUCAAGGUCUUGAAGCAGGUCCAUCCUGAUAUCGGAAUUUCUAGCAAGGCGAUGAGCAUCAUGAAUUCGUUCAUUAAUGAUAUUUUCGAGAAGCUUGCCCAGGAGUCGUCUCGGCUUGCGCGCUAUAACAAAAAGCCGACGAUCACGUCCAGGGAGAUCCAGACUUCCGUUCGCCUUGUGCUUCCCGGGGAGCUUGCUAAGCAUGCCGUUUCUGAGGGCACCAAGGCCGUUACCAAGUUUACCAGCUCUUAAGAGAUCGGUUGUUUCGUUAUCGCAAGUGUUUUAUUCUGAUUGAUAGCUUUACCUAUGUUGUUAUCGAGAUCCUUUUCUGUUUAUGUUUCCUUGGAUUUGAUGUAACAUAUUGUUAUCAUCUGCAAAUUUAACUAUGAAA